AUGCGUCUUCUCCCCUCACUUAUCAUCCCACUGCUUGCCAGCUAUGUCCAAGCUGGCAGUCAACUCUGGGAGAUAUCUCCUGCAACCUCAAAAGCUAGCCAUGGAGCUGCUUCCAAGAGAGCGGUUUCUAUCUGGCCCAGCGAUGAUCCCCAUGACAAUGCAGGGGUACGCCGCUGGCCUGAAAAGACCGUAACCUAUGCAUUCAGCACUACGGAAGCGGAGACAAAGCUUGAAAAAAUACUUGAAGGCGCUAAAAAGCUCUGGAACCAACUCAAUGUAAAAGGCUUCAAGUAUGAGAAGCUCGAGUUGAAGAAAUGCAAAGCCCGCAGGAGCGAGUGCAUGAUCAUAUACUACAACAACGAGGGCAAACUUCUCACAAGCGUUGGUCUUCAGCCUCUGGAUGAUACCUUUAAGGGCCCGUACAUGCAUCUAUCUGAUAGGCUAGAUGUGGGAAAUCUAAACCCAGUUGUCAAUGCAGCACACGAACUCGGGCAUGCCUGGGGUCUCUGGCAUGAGCAUCAAGCAAGAAAGUGGUGGGGGCAGAGCGACAUUGACGAGUUUUGGGGCGGAACGCUUAUCGGUGAAAAGUUUAUGACUGCUGAUUAUCACCCUGAGAACCUGAAAGACUACGAAGUGGCACUGGAGAAAAUGGCUGAAGCUGAGGGCCUCAAGUCAAAAGAGGAGCUUACUCAAGAACAAGUCAAUAUGCUCGUCAGAGACCAAAAUACGGCGAAGAAUUACGGCUUCACUGGAGUGGAAUGGAUGCCAUUGCAAGACGCCGGUAUGCAGGCUGACGCCACGUUCGACAAAGAUUCACUGAUGCUUUACCCGAGCGGCGCUGGUGGCAAGGGAGAAGUCAUUUUCGGUGCUGAUAUUAAGGACUUUGAAGAUAAGCGUCUUUCAAUUCUAACCUACCCUGAUGGAGAGCUUAUGCCUAUCAAGAAAGCCCCUUCGGGACAGGAUAUUGAUAGGUUGGUAAUGAUAUAUGGGACAGACUAUAGGGGAGUCAGUAGAUUGCAUAACGAUAAGAGCAGCAAGUUCAAGGGAUUGCUGAAGAAGAUGCGAAGCAGCAUGUCUCUGAGAGCUGGCGAUACGGAACAGGGUAUGUGUUGA